ACAUGCAGUUCAAUACCUCCUCAUGUAUGUAUUAAACAGAGUCCGGUUUAAUGUCAAAAAUCAGAAGGGAAAAUAAGAAGAUUGGGUCGAAGUUUCACAUCAUCAAAUAGAAAACACAUGACGAUGUCAUCUCGUUCUCGGCACCGCCUCCACCUCCGGCGGGAGCAUCACCGUUUCAAUCAACGGAAUGGAGAACUCUUGUGCAUGGGGGAAGGAGAGGUUCGUGGUGCAUCUGAUGAUAGGUUCUCCAGAAAGAAAAGGGUCAGUUUUGUUUGAUGGAUUGUAAAAAUAAUCCCUUUUUUUUUUUUUUUUAAAUGUCGAAAUGAAAAGGUUCUCGAGUUAGUCUUGGGUCAAGUAGCUCACCAACUCCCACAAUUUUGUUCUUUGGCUUUUCGUAUGGUUGAAAUCAGGUUUUUUUCUGAGCUGUGAAAUUUUAAGUCUUUGUCUGCUUUUGAUUGUAAUUUAAUCUAAAUGUUGUUUUAUAAGCAGCUAUAUGAAUUGCUGUUAUGAUUGUAGUGUUUUAUUGUGUUAUUUCGUAUGUGGAAUGUUAUUGGAUUUUUAUGUUGGAUUGUUUGAAUGUGAGGUCUGACUUGUUUCUUGAAGAGGUGAAGUCUGUUCCUAAGCCAUACAAUUCACCAAUCAUCACCCAUAUGAUGGAAUUUAUGGUUUUGUUUUUGGUCAGGAGAGCAGAUGCAUAAGCCAUAAGUAUCUAUCUAUCGUGUUUCAAAUCGGUUUGAUCAGGAACCAAUUUCAAAAAUGAGAGCCUCAAGUUCUCAUCAGUCUUAUUUUCAUGAAAUUCAUUUAAAAAGAGAUAUUUAUCAGGUUCUUGUGCUGCUUGGGAAUCUCCAAAGUGAAGUUGAUAUACACGCAGGAAUACAAAUGGAGUUGCCAAGUAGGUUCAUUCAGCAAUGGGAGGUUGUUGCUCGGUCUCGUUACCAUGCGAUCAAGUCGUGAAUCAAGUCUCUCAAUGGUUAGGCCUCAGGGUAGGUUAUAUUCACAACCUCGCAGAUAAUCUAGCGUCUCUCAAGAAAACCAUGGGACAACUCAAGGCAAAGCAAGAAGAUGUGCAAGGAAGGGUACGCAGAGAAGAGUUCACAGGGCGUCAUAAAAGACUUUCUCAAGUCCAGGUAUGGCUUACCAAUGUCCUGACCGUCGAGAAAAAAUUCAGUGAUCUGCUUAGCACUAUGGACAUUGAGCUUGAAAGGUUGUGUCUCUUUGGAUAUUGCUCUAAAAAUGUGAAAAUAAGCUAUGUUUAUGGGAAAAGGGUUAUCCUGAUGUUGAGGGAGAUUGAGAGUCUUAAUUCUCAAGGAGAUUUUAAUACGGUGACUGCCACUUCGAUAGCUGAGGUUGAAGAGGUGCCUAUUCAACCUACAAUCGUUGGUCAGGAAACAAUGCUCGAAAGGGUAUGCAACCGUCUCAUGGAAGACGGAGUAAAGGUUGUGGGUCUUUAUGGCAUGGGUGGAGUUGGCAAAACCACCCUUCUCACACAAAUCAACAACAAGUUUCCUGAAAAAUGUAGCGGAUUUGGGAUUGUGAUAUGGGUUGUGGUGUCUAGAACUCCGGUGAUCCAUAGGAUUCAAGGAGAGAUCGGCAAAAGACUAGGCUUUGUGGGCGAAGAGUGGGAUAAUAAACAUGACGACCAGAGAGCUCUUGACAUACACAAAGUUCUCCAGAGGCAAAAAUUUGUGUUGUUGUUGGAUGAUAUAUGGGAGAAAGUUGAUUUAAAAGCGCUCGGAGUCCCUUAUCCAAGCAGACAAAAUGGAUGCAAAGUAGUCUUAACCACUCGUUCUAGAGAUGUGUGUGGGCGUAUGGGGGAUGAUGACCCGGUGGAAGUCAGUUGUCUAGAGCCCGACGAAGCCUGGGAAUUGUUCCAAAUGAAUGUUGGAAAAAAUACAUUGAAAGGCCAUCCAGACAUACCUGAACUCGCAAGAAAAGUUGCUGGAAAAUGCCGUGGCCUACCUUUAGCACUUAGUGUCAUUGGCGAGACCAUGACAUGCAAAAGGAUGGUACAAGAAUGGCGUAGUGCAGUUGACGUUUUGAGUUCAUAUGCUGCAGAAUUUUCUGGCAUGGAAGACAAAGUUCUUUCAAUUCUAAAGUAUAGCUAUGAUAAUUUAAACAAGGAGCCUGUGCAAUCAUGUUUCCUAUAUUGCUCUCUGUUUCCUGAAGAUUAUCGUAUGGAGAAAGAGAGGUUGAUAGACUAUUGGAUAUGUGAGGGAUUCAUAGAUGAAAAUGAAAGUAGAGAAAGAGAACUAAGACAAGGUUAUGAGAUAAUUGGUAUCCUUGUCCGUGCAUGUUUGUUGUUGGAGGAAGCAAUCAAUAAAGAACAAGUGAAAAUGCAUGAUGUGGUUAGGGAGAUGGCUCUAUGGAUAUCAUCUGACCUUGGGGAACAUAAAGAACAGUGUAUUGUGCAAGCCGGUGUUGGGUUACGUGAAGUACCGAAAGUCAAGAACUGGAGUUCUGUGAGAAGGAUGUCACUGAUGGAAAAUGAGAUUGUAACGAUAUCUGGCAGUCCUGAAUGUGCGGAACUUACAACUCUGUUCCUUCAGAAAAACGAUUCAUUGCUACAUAUCUCGGAUGAAUUCUUCCGGUGUAUCCCAAUGCUAGUGGUUUUGGAUCUAUCAGGAAAUUCACGUCUCCGGGAAUUGCCAAAAGAAAUAUCUAAGUUGGUCUCCUUGCGGUAUCUUGACUUGUCAUGGACAUACAUGAAGCGGCUACCUGUCGGUUUACAAGAGUUGAAAAAGCUAAGAUAUUUGAGAUUGGAUUACAUGAAGAGACUUAAGAGUAUUUCAGGGAUAUCAAGUUUGUCAAGUUUGAGGAAAUUGCAGCUUUUACAGUCUAAAAUGUCGCUAGACAUGAGCUUAGUGGAGGAGUUGCAGCUCUUGGAACACUUAGAAGUUGUAAACACAAGUAUCAAGUCGAGCUUGGUUGGGGAGAAGUUAGUAAAUGCUCCCAGGUUGGCUCAAUGUCUUCAGAUUGUAGUACUUAGAGGGCUUCAGGAAGAAUCAUCCGGAGUAUUGACUUUGCCAGCUAUGGAUAAUCUCCGUAAAGUCAUCAUGAGGAAGUGUGGAAUGUGGGAGAUAAAGAUAGAGAGGACAACAUUAUCAUGGAACAGAAGUCCCACAUCUCAAUGCUUUUCAAACCUCUCUACUNUGCUCUCUGUUUCCUGA